GUCCAACAGCUCAGCACGCUCGCCGCUGCAGCAGAGAAGCUCCCCCUCUCCCCGCUUCGUCUCCGGCGAUGGGUCCUAGCCGCGGCGGCGGCCUGCGCGGCCGCCUCCUCGUCCUCUCGUCGCUGCUCCUCCUCGCGUCCGGCGAGGUCUUCUUCGAGGAGCGCUUCGAAGAUGGCUGGGAGUCCCGGUGGGUGGAAUCUGAUUGGAAAAGGAGUGAAGGGAAAGCUGGAAGGUUCAAGCACACGGCCGGAAGAUACUCUGGAGAUCCUGAUGACAAAGGAAUACAAACAACAAUGGAUGCUAGGCAUUUUGCUAUCUCAGCCAAGUUCCCACAAUUCAGUAACAAGAACAGGACACUGGUGGUCCAGUACUCCAUUAAGUUUGAGCAGGAUAUCGAGUGUGGUGGUGGAUAUAUUAAGCUUAUGUCCGGCUAUGUCAACCAGAAAAAAUUUAGCGGGGACACUCCAUACAGCUUGAUGUUUGGGCCAGAUAUAUGUGGUACUGAAACAAAGAAGCUCCAUCUUAUACUUUCUUACCAAGGGCAGAAUUACCCAAUCAAGAAAGAUCUAGAAUGUGAGACGGACAAGUUAACACAUAUGUAUACUUUCAUUCUUAGGCCUGACGCAUCUUAUAGCCUACUUGUUGAUAACCGUGAAAGAGAAUCUGGGAGCAUGUACACUGACUGGGACAUCCUCCCUCCUCGUAAAAUCAAGGAUGUUCAUGCCAAAAGGCCUAAGGAUUGGGAUGACAGAGAAUAUAUUGAUGAUCCUGAUGAUGUUAAGCCAGAGGGCUAUGAUUCUAUCCCAAAACAGAUUCCUGAUCCAAAGGACAAAAAGCCUGACACAUGGGAUGACGAUGAUGAUGGCAUAUGGAGGCCCAGAAUGGUAUCAAAUCCAGCAUACAAGGGACCAUGGAAACGCAAGAGAAUUAAGAAUCCUAACUACAAGGGUAAAUGGAAGACCCCAUGGAUUGAUAAUCCAGAGUUUGAGGAUGAUCCAGAUCUUUAUGUGCUGAAACCUUUGAAGUAUGUUGGAAUUGAAGUUUGGCAGGUAAAAGCUGGUUCAGUUUUUGACAACAUUCUGAUUUGCGAUGACCCUGAAUAUGCAAGAAAGGUUGUUGAGGAAACUGUGGGUGCGAAUAGGGAGGCUGAAAAGGAGGCUUUUGAAGAAGCUGAAAAGGAGAGGAAAGCUAGAGAAGAUAGGGAAGCUCAACAAGGAAAGGAUGAAGGAGGCCGGCGCCGAAGAGACAAGAAGGACAGAUACAAAAGACGUUACAGGGAUCACUGGGAUGACUACCAUGAUGAGCUGUGAAGCCACCAUGGACAUGACGUGAUGUUUUCAUCAAUAAUUGAAUCACCAGGCCAAAACAACCUGAAGUGUUCUGUGCUAUGUGCCAAAAAAUAUUAAAUUCCAGGAUUGAGAUGGCAUGGACAAAACCGAAUAUCAUUCCUGCUUCCUGCGCAACAGCAGGACAUUCCAGUGAAAACUUGGCUUUGACACAGAAAUAGUGGGAUGAGUCUGUUAUGCAUGUAAUUUACACGGCGCUGGCAAUGUGCUAGCUUUGUAAUGUCAAAACAUUGUCCUUGCCAAUAUGAAUAAUGUAAAUUGACCAUACGAAACUGUGAUGAUCCCAAAUUUUUACCAUGUACCAAGUCAGUCAUACAAA